AUGCUAACAGUGGGCAGUGUUUUACUGCUUCUGGUAGCAGCAUCUGUUGCCAACAUAGGCAAGGAUCCUACCCUUGAUUCAGACUGGGAACGCUGGAAGACAAUCUACCAAAAGCAGUACAGCAGUGAGGAGGAAGAGCUUUCCAGGCGCUUGAUCUGGGAAAAAACCCUGAAAAUUGUUACAGUUCAUAACUUGGAAGAGUCAAAGGGAAUGCAUUCAUACACAAUGGCCAUGAAUGGCUUUGCAGACAUGACAUCUGAGGAAGUAACGGCUACAAUGACAGGACUCAGGGUAUCCGACUCAGAAAUGGAUAACCUUACAGUUGAUUGGCCUCGAGAAAGUAUUCAGGAUCAGGGCCCAGACUGCAUAGAUUGGAGGAAGAGUGGUUAUGUCACCAAUGUAAAGAACCAGGGAUCUUGUGGUUCUUGUUGGGCUUUCAGUGCCGUGGGGGCCUUGGAAGGACAACUGAAGAAGAAAACAGGGCGUUUGGUGUCACUUAGUCCCCAGAACCUAGUAGACUGCUCCUGGAGAUAUGGCAACCAUGGUUGCAAUGGAGGCUUUAUGACUAAAGCUUUCAGAUAUGUUAUGAACAACCGUGGCAUUGACUCAGAAACGUCGUAUCCAUAUGAAGGUCAGAACAAGAAUUGCCGUUAUAAAACUUCUGGACGGGCUGCCACCUGUGUCAGCUAUAAAAGCAUACCUAAGGGAAAUGAAACUUAUCUUGAAAGGACAGUGGCUUCAGUGGGACCAGUAUCUGUUGCUAUAGAUGCAAGUUUGAGAUCCUUCCAUCAAUACCACAGUGGUGUGUACUACGACUCAGAAUGCAGUUCCUCACGUUUAAACCAUGCCGUUCUUGUUGUGGGAUAUUGUGUGGACAAAGGUGUGCCAUACUGGCUCGUCAAAAACAGCUGGGGAACCAGAUGGGGUGAUCAAGGUUAUAUCCGGAUGGCAAAAAACAGAGGCAACCUUUGUGGAAUAGCUUCAUUUGCCAGCUAUCCACUGAUGUGAAAAAUAGACUUAAUCCUGGUGGGCAGGAAUGAAGAGUCAAACAUGCUUUUAAAUUCAUUUUGUUCUGAGUUCCCCAAAGAACUGUAGUCUUCAAUAAAUAAGUCCUGUCUUGAAUCAUACAAACUUGAUGGACCCCAAAAGACCUGUUAAAUGCAAGAACAAAAAACUACUGUAAGAAGAAUCACUGCUUGCUAUAUGACAGGUUUCAGAGUA